UCGCUCUUAAGAAUGCCGGUUUUAUCGUUAGUGUUGCACGCCUUACGCACUUAUCUAACGGGCAAUUUUCAUAGUACUGAAUUCGCCUACAUCGCAUAUCCUUUCGGUCGCAUAUAUAAACUACUGGGUUUCGCACCGAUUCAACUGAGACGCGGUGACAUUUUGCGUAAUUGUGGAGGCGAUCAGUUGCAGUGGGAUAACAAAGCCUGGGCGUGGACGUGUUUUAAUAUCAUUAUUUAUACAACUGGUUUCUCCUUUGGCAUCUACAAUCUUUAUACGAAAUCCUACAACCGCGGCGAUGGCAUCGCAAAUAUAACCAGUUGGGCACAGCUUUUUACGCUCUUCAUGCUCGGCCUUAUGGCCUGGGUAAGCUCGUGGACGCACAUGGACGAACAAUGCCAACUGUAUGCGCUCAUCUGCAAAAUUGAUCAGCAACUUCGUAAAGUCGCCGAAAUCGAAUUCGACUACAAACUACUACGCAAACAACUGUUCUAUCAAUUGGGUGUAGAACUGCUAAUCGCGGGACCAGCUUCCUACCUGUCACAACCUGCUAUUGGUUCAUCUGCUUUGCGCCCAUCUGUUUGA